GUUUCAAUCUCAGAAGACAAAACGGGUGAUUACUUGAGAAAGAAGAGAGCCGUUGAGGCUUGGAAGAGAGCAAUCCAGUUCCAACCCCUUGGAACUUGUCUCAUGGCAAGGAAGAUGCGUUGUGCCCCUCAAAAGAAAGGUAAUGAUAGUUCAAAAGUUUCUGAAGCAAGAAAGGAUUCCAUAUCAACGAUACGUCAACAACAAAAUAAAAUCACUUCCUUGGAGGAUUGUAAAGAAUCUUCUCUUUCAACGAUUACCUCUGAUACGUCAACAUCAACAUCCCCUAGUAGGUGUGCCAUCCUUACGUUCCUAAAUGUUGACCCUGAUGGAAACUUGAGAAUUGUUGCCCUACCAGUGCAGUGUUUCAAUCACAUUAACUUAGCUUCUGGUGUUAAUAUGGAUGGUCUGCAACUUCUUUUCCCUCCACCUCCUAACAAGCUGAAGAUUGAUGAAUGCAAGGGGUCAAGAGGAACUGUGCCUCCCUAUGCUUAUUCAGCCAAAUCAUUUACAAGAAGAAGCAUUAAUAGUUCAAAUGUGCAUCGUCGAUGUCAAAAUAAGAUUGCUAACAAAGCUUCUAAACUGAAUGAACUCCCUGGAAAUUCACUAGUCUGCAACUCUGGCUUGUCCCCUGAUAGUUCUUCUGCAGUUAAUUCAUCUAAUAAGGUAACGAGUGAAUCCAAGGAAGACAAGUCUCUGAAGAAAAACUCAAGAAAACGGACAAGAAAGAAAGUUAGACCGAGUAAGAAGCAGUCAAGUGACAGCGGCUCUUCUGAACGAGAAGCUCUUGCCGAGGAAUAUGUCUGUGUAAGUUUGGCUUCUGAAACGUGCAACGGCAAUGAUGUGGAUAAGGAGGGUGGGCUGAUUUUGUGUACAACUUCACCAGAAUUGUCAUCUUCUGAUGAUAGAUUAAUAAAAAUUGAUUGUGAAAGGAAUGUGAUGAAGGACAGUAUCAAUGUUACAGAAGCAUCAAAAAGUUGCAACUCUUAUAUUGAUGAGGCAGCAAUAUCAAAAGGUACUGCCGCAUUUGAAUCCAAGAAUCAAGUUCAAGAUAGGGGCUCUGGUUUUGCAGUCAUUGAUAGAGAAGUAAAGGACAACCAACAUGUUGAGCUAUGCUGUUUGAAUGAUAUACAAGAUACUUUGGUGUUGGAUUCAGUUUCAGUUGGUUCCAAAAGUGAUGAAAGUACCAAUGCUGGUGAUAUAGAAAAAGGGUCCAACAAGGCAAGUUGCAGAAUCACUUCAAAUUCAGGAGAUGGGUGUUUUCUUGGUCAAAACUUAAUGAAUGGUAUUCGCAAUAAUUGUGAACAUGAUGAGGGAAUCAGGCAUGGUGGUCAAAAUUGCUUUGCUAAUGAUAAGAGAGUUAAGCAAAAGAGAACAAUGUCGAAGAGUUCAAGUUUCAACAAAUUUGGGGGUGUUGGAAUUUUGAAUGGUCGAACAGGGAAGGAAAAUAGUCAUUCUGUUUGGAAAAAGGUUCAGAAGAACAGUUUUGAUGAAUGUGGUGGUGAUUUGAAGAAAGCAAACACAACUCUGUCACAAUUUUCCACUGAGGAAAAGGAUCCUUCAGUUAUCAAAAAUUCUAAUUCUGUUAGUGUAAAUGUUCUAUCAGAAACGGAGGAAAAAAAACACUUUAAAAAUAAAGUUGGUAGGAAACCAAAAGUUAAAAUGGACUCAGUUUCAAAAAAGGGUCACUUCAAUUAUUCUAGGAAGGGUUCCCAUUUUAACAGGUCCUUGUUAAAUGAUAAUGUGAAGGUUAGUGUUCAACAGAAUGAUAUGUCACAUAUCUCAUCCCAGGAAAUUAAUCAACAAGGAUUGAGCAGUGUCUCUGGAUUUGAUUCUGAUAUUAAUUGUGUGAUGGCUGGGUUUGAUAGCAACGGAGUUGAACAGAUAAAAUCUGAGAUAGUUCAGAGUGCACAAUUUCAACCUGAGGAGUCGGAUCCUCAGAAGAGUGCCUGCAUUACUCUUGCAAACACAAAGAAUGAAAAUAUAGACAUUGAAGAUAGCUCAUUGGUAGUACGAGGUGAGAACAUCAAUCAAUCAAAUAUGUCUGAGGAGCAAUCUCCCGUGUCUUAUAAUCUUUUAGGUGAUGAGGUUGGUCAAAUAGAGAAAGAAGUUUCUUCUGCAGACUACAAUACACAAAACCAAAGCUCUGGUUCAGGAUCUACUCUAUGGAAAUGGAUACCAAUUGGGAUAAAGGAUACCGGGUUGGAAAAAUCUGAAACUUAUAGUUCAUUACCAGAAUGUUCUGAUGCACCACCUAGUAAAAGUUUUGACUUGGAAAGCAGUGUUGAACCAAAAGUAACCACCUCUCAAAAUCAGGAUUCUUCACUGAGUGCAAGCAGAACAUGCACGGAUCAGAUUUACGGUAGAUUGUCUUGUGUAGAGGAGGUUGAGAAUCAGAAAUUGGGGAAUCAGUUUGCGUGUACAUUGACAGAGCACAGGGACAAGCGUGAAGUAGCUAAUCACAUGAUUUGUGAAAGUGACAAUCAAGAUAUGUUAGAAAAUUAUUCCUACAGAAUAGCUCAAGCUGUGAAUGAUGCCUGUAUGGCACAACUAGCUUGUGAAGCUGUGCACAUGGCCACAGGUGACCCAAUUGCAGAGUUUGAAAGGCUAGUUCAUUUUUGUAGUCCUGUAAUUUGUCAAUCACCCGAUUCGCUCGGUUUUUUGACCUGCUCACAGGACCAUGCUGGUGUCUCACUGUGCAGACAUGAGAUGCCUGACAUAUCUUUGGGAUGCCUGUGGCAGUGGUAUGAGAAACACGGGAGCUACGGGUUAGAGAUAAGGGCUCAGGAUUAUGAAAAUCCAAAGAGACUUGGUGGUGAUGGUCAUUUUCCAUUUCGUGCCUAUUUUGUCCCUUCUUUAUCAGCAGUUCAGCUGUUUAAGAACCAUGAAAAUCGAAGUGUAAAUAGCAGCAACAAGUUUCCAAAUUGUGAGGUUUCAGAGCCAUGUGAAAUGAUUGACAUUUCGGAGCACUCAUCUACUGCAAGCAUUGAAACACCAAAAGAGAUGGGUUCUAUCAAUAAUGCAUCUUAUCCAUCUAACAGCUCAACAUGCUCUGGUGAUUUAGAUCUUCUUUUUGAAUACUUUGAACUUGAACAACCUCAACAAAGACGGCCUCUGUAUGAGAAGAUACAGGGACUGGUUAGAGGUGAUAUACCAAUCCAGUCUAAAACUUAUGGGGACCCAACUAAACUGGAUUCGAUAAACAUGAGAGAUCUUCACCCUACAUCUUGGUUCUCAGUUGCUUGGUAUCCUAUUUACCGUAUACCAGAUGGCAACUUUCGUGCCGCUUUUUUGACUUACCAUUCACUUAGACAUUUGGUUCGUAGAAGUACAAAUUCUGAUUUACCAACCGUAGGUUCUUGCAUAGUAUCUCCAGCUGUGGGCCUUCAAAGCUACAAUGCUCAGGGUGAAUGCUGGUUCCAGCUGAGUCAUUCUGCACUGACAGCAGAAAUGUUGGGCUUAAACCCUUCAAUACUUCUUAAAGAGCGUUUGAGGACACUUGAGGAAACAGCAUCUCUUAUGGCAAGAGCUGUUGUCAACAAGGGGAACCAAAUCUGCACAAAUAGACAUCCUGAUUAUGAGUUUUUCCUUUCUAGGAGACGGUAUUGAGGUCUCAAAAAGAAAUUUCACAUUAAAUAAUUACAAGUAGGCCAACACUAGUUACAAAUAAUUUUGGCUACUUUCAGAUAGGAUAUUAUCUCAAAUAGGAUCUAAGUGAUAUUGAUUGUUCAUAUAGCAGGUUUCAUUAGGUCCUGGUUGAACUAAUUUCGUUUGUACAUGGCUUUGUGCAGUACCCCUUUUUUUUUUUUUUUUUUACUUUUCAUUCUCACUUUCAAUUUUAGCUCACUU